GAAGAAGAGCGGCGCACACAAUGCACGGCUCGGUCUGACAAGGGUUGUGUCUCCCCGGUUUUCACGAUAAAUUCCCAAUUCCGUGGAAACUUGUGACGGGGGCAGCAGCGGGGCCGCGAGCCGCCUCUCCGCCACUACUCUCCCUCUGGAUCCGAGGAGAAAGAGGAGCCGUCGAGCGGAAUCCUUCGCCUCCAACUUCUCCCAAAACACUGGAUGUACUCGGCUGCAUGAAGGAGCUUCCCGGCCCGACGGGGGUCGGCCGACACCCUCGUUAAUGGAAAUCGACACCGAGGCUUUGAUGCGUGGGCCUUGAUUUUUUCCCCUUUAUGAUGGAGAUAACCGGGAAGGAGAGCUGCGUGUGAAUACGCCGAAUAUUAUCACUUCGUGUCCGAAUAGUUUGUUGAAAUGCUUCCGUGUCCCUCCUGCUUCCUGUAAAAAAAAACACACAGAGGUUGUUGUUUAGCCGGCUAACGGUGGCUAGCCGGAGAGCUAACGUUACGUCUUUCCUUUGAUGCGAAUUCAACCAUUACUAUCGGCCAUUAGCGUCUCGACACCCGAGAAUCCAUCCUCCUCGCCGGUGAGCGUUAGUUAGCUCCACGCUGCAGCCUCCAGCGGCUCGAAGACCCCGGACAGGUUUUAAGAAUAUCUUGUUAUUCUUAUGUUACGGGCGGAAUAUAUCGUAAUGUGCCGAGUUAGCCGUGCGAGCUAAAAGCUAAUUGGCUGAAAUCAACACUGAGCUAGCUAGCCGUAGCAUCAACUACGCAAACUCAAGCGGACAGCUGAUGUCUACUCCUCUUGUUGGGAGUAAUUUAAGAGAAUUAAACACUUUAAUUUCGCAGCAACGCGAUAUCGUGUCGCGGCAGUUGGUUUAAUACUGGUUUUGCGUGUUCUUGGCAUCGUUAGCCAGCUUAACGCAUCGUUUUUGCUAGUAAAUGUGUCGGCGUGUGCAGAAUUAUAGGAAGUCUCCCGGUUGUGUUGAUUGAUGCUAGCGUGAGUUUCUCCGUGAAUCAAACCCAGGGGAGACUUAUUCUGUUUUGUCACAACAAGACGUGUGUUUUAUUUGGUUGUUUACAUGCUCGCAACUUGUGUGGUUGUCGGUUAAUUCCUUGCUAGCCAGCUAACGUUAGCCUCCUCCGAGACACAAUCGGCUAUGCCCUGACAUCCGUCUGUCUGCGUGUUUGUCUCGGGUCAUUUAAAUUCCCAUGUGGAUCUGAGUUUCUCCGAAAUGACUAACAUUCUGCCGGAGGGAAGGCACAGAUGCCCGCGGACUGUUGUCAAAGGACGGUGAAUAAUAGCCACUGGUUUCAUUAACGCCAUUUUAACGGAGGCUCCCUGCGAGGGCCCGUGUGGUGGUGUUGUCUCUGCGGUUCGGUGCCUGUCCGCCGGACCGGGACUUGACUCAAGUGCCUUUUGGUCUCACUGGAGUUGCAGACGGGGGUUUCGAACAUGGAGGGCCCGAGCCGAAGCACUGGGUUCCGGCAGAGCCGACGCUCCCGUUCCCAGCGCGACAGGGAGCGGCGGCGCCGGAGAGUGGACCUGGCCGAGCAGCGGGCCACGUCCCUGUCCUCGGGCUCCGACCGGGAAGCGUGCGGGAAGAACACUGUGCUGGGCCCCGGGGGGAGGGAAAGCCGGCCCGGGUUUGGGAGACACAGGCCUCCACGCCGGAGGAAGAGGGAGUCCGUGUCCUGCGAGGAAGACAUCAUCGAUGGCUUCGCUAUUGCGAGCUUCAUCAGCUUGGAGGCACUGGAGAUGGACUGCUCACUGAAGCCCAGUCAGCGCACUGAUAUGCCGGGAAGGAGGAACAAGGGGAAGAGGGGGCCCGAGGAGAACGGUCGAGGGCCCCUGUCGGAGCCGGAGGAAGGAGCCCAGCACGGCUACCCCGGCCUGAAGAAUAGAAACAAGAGAAGAAGGAUAGAGGGACAUCCUUUGGAGACUGGCUACAUUUGUGACACUGAGAGUGAUACAGGAGAUAAGGCUUCUGACAAUGAAAUGGAUCCAGUGUUCACAGUCAGCACUAGAAAAGUUAUGGAGCCUGUCCCCUCAACCAUUGGAACAACCAAUGGCAAAACCUUCCCAGCUCUACCGGCCCGUUGUGGUGGCGUCUCACGGUUGAUGGUGACACCGCGGGUAUCUGGCCUGGAGCGAAGCCACGAAAAAAACCUGGAGCAGCAUUUCCCAGAACCUGUUACUUCUUCUACCUCCUCUGACUCCUUCGGCCUGCCUUCUCCAGUCGCAGCCUCAUGCGUGGUCCCCCGGCCGCUCUCCAAACCCAAGUCCUUCCUCACUUUACCUGGACGAGCUCACUCCAUCUACAACAUCAACAACAGGAGCAACACCCCAGUCAAACCUCCAUCUGCUUCAUCGGUUGCGUCUUCGUCAUCCUCCAUGCGGCCCCCAACUCCCUCUACCAGUGUGUCACUACCCUACAUUCGCCCCUCGGGGCCCCUCCGACCUCCAUCCCGAGCCAGUUCUGGGGCCCUGUACACAUCCUCCCCCGGCUUGCCUCCGCCUCCACCUUUGUUACAAGGUCCCGCCCACUCAGUAGCAGCAGAGCGUGAUGGCAGACGCAGCGUCCCAGGGGCUGAAAACAAUGCAGCGGCUGCAGGCCGCUCCACUCCUGGUGGUCCAUCAGCAUCGAGCACCACACCAGGUUCAUCGGGCCGGACGUCUCAGAACCAGACGAGCAUCCAGCCCAUGGCCUUCCAGUAUCAUCAGCACAACCACCAGCACCAACACACCCACACACACCAACACUUCACACCCUUCCUUCACCCUACAGCUACUGCGCAACCUCUGUUUGAUAAGUAUGCCGGCAAAAUGGACGGGCUGUACCGACACCCUUUCUUUCCACAAUACCCGCCUCCCUCAGUGCCGAGUAUUCAGCCUGUGAUUCCUCCCACUGGGCCAUUCAGCUCCUUGCAAGGAGCGUUUCAGCCAAAGCCUCUUGUCCCUCAGGGAACGGGUCCUGAUCUAUCUGCACGUCUUGGGGUUGUGCCUCACCACCUGCAGCCCAAAGACCCCAGGCUAACUGAUCCAUUUGGGACAUCGUUGAAAGUCAGUAAUAAACCAGGAAAAUGGUGUGCUAUGCAUGUUUAUGUGGCCUGGAUGAUUCUAAGCCAUCAGAAAAAAGUCAAGCUGAUGCAUGCUGAUACUCACAAGCCGGACCUCCGUAGUGAGCUGCUGGCCCGUCUUCCUGGAGCUGGGGGACUCGGCCCCCUCGGGCCCAUGGGAGGAGCUCUGCCUCCCAAUCACGACCUCACAAGACCCCCCAGUCUCUUCUCAGCUACAGGUGCAGUCAAUCCGUCCUCCGCUCCAUUCAUCUCUCCAUCGACACCUCACUCCUCUUUCCUCGCUCCAACUGCACACUUGGAUCCAUAUGGUCGUUCCCCACCUUUCACUCCGCUGGGAGCUCUGGGUACUGGUGCCUUCGGCGGACUCGGCAGCCCAACACUGGCUGGCUCCAUGUUUGGCCCUAAAGACUCACCAGCCGGUUUGUCCAACCCCAACCAUCAAGAAGCAUGGAACCGUCUACAUGGCGGCCCGUCUGGGUUCCCCAUUGGCCCCAACUGGGCUAAAGGGGCGGACAAGAGGGAUGAGAGGGACCGGGGGAAGGAAGGAGAGAGGAGAGACAUCCCCCACAUCAAGGACGAAAAGGACAGAGACAAUAUGCUGUACGGCCGACAACCUGUGAGAAUGUCUCCGGUUGGUCCUUCCUUCAAGCAACGCAGUAGCACCCCGGUCUCCCACAUUAAUGGUCACAGCAGCAGCCUUGGGGCGAGCAGUGGGCCUAUUGAGGACCUGACACGCAGCUUCAAUAGAGACGGAGAGCGCGAGCGGGACAGAGACGGGGACAAACGGCCGCUGCCAACAGGGUCUUCACGAGCACCUCCCCUUGGGUCUUCGUCUUUAGUAGCAGACAGGGACAGACCACGUUCUUCCUCAUCCUCUGUGCUCACCACUCCCCCACCCUCCAAUCGCUCAGCCCCAUCUCCUUUGGACCUUUACCCCCGCACAAUGGCCCCAGCAGCACACAGUCAUCACAGCGAACCCUCACACUCCCAAAGAGACGGCAACAUCCCUACUUCCUCGUCAGCUUCUGCCUCUGUCACGUCUUUGUCUCAGGUCAGGAAGCCUGACCGGACCCCAACACCUGUGUCCAAACCUCCCAUGCUACUCCAGCCAGUAAAGGUCAAAGAGGAGCGGAAGGAGGAGCCGGAGCACAUCCCCAUCACCCUGCCUCCCCCAGCACAUAACCACAACUUUGAGCGCCCCAACAGUCAUCCACACCACCACAGGUCGGGUACCCCUUCCUCCUCUUUAUCACUAACUCCCACUCCUGGUGUUCAACUUCAACCACCCACUCCAAACCAUUCCCACCCACACUUUGCCCUGCUUGACCGCUCAAGAGCCAUUGAAGCAUAUAUGGGGGGCGUUGCGGGACCUCCUGGGCUGGUAAUGGGUCCAGGAGAACGUUUCUCCCAUGGUCCACACCAAGGACCACCACAGGGCCCUCACAGUUUCACCUGGGACCCCUGGAGGGAGCUGGCAGCUCAGCAGCAACAUCAACAUCGUAGGGAGGCUAUGGCCCUUCGGUCAGACCCACAUCUAGCCCUGCGAUCCGAUCCACAUUUGGCCCGGCUGCUGCAGCAUCAGCGACUUCUGGAGGCUGAGAGGGCUGCAGCUGUAGCAGCUGCUCACCACCCUCCUACCUCUUCUGCUUCCAACCCUGGUGUCCGCCAGGAGUUCGGCCUAAUGGCCCAUCAUUUUGACCGCUCUCAUCAGCUCGGGCGAGGAGGAGGCUUGAUGGAUGAGGAGCAGCAUGCCCAGAUCCUGAGAGAAGACUUUGAGCGGGCUCGCUACUUCGGGAUGCACCCUCACCUCCCUCCAGGCGCUCACCUCUCAGGUCCCUCUCAUGCUGCUACUGCCGCUCACCUGGAGCAGCUCCACCCUGGCCUUCUCGCCCACUCACUUCCCCAUGGAGCCUCUGCUGCUUCUCACCACCACCAUGCGGGUCUCUAUGCCCGUUUAGGCCCACUGAACCCACACCACAUGGCCAACGGCCUGCUAGCAAAGAACCCAGGAGGCAUGGUGGGGGUACCGCCUCCACUCAUUCCGUCCAUGACCAGCCGGUCGUCCACACCUCCCCGCAGACUUGCAGGGCCAGGUGAGCUUCAACUGUACAGUGCCCACAAAGAUGGAGAGUCCAGAUAGUACAGGGACAACACUGGAGGAGAUUCAGGAACAUGUCAGGAUCACUGUGCUGCUCUCAACCUGCCCCCUUUCCCUCUUGCAGACUACUAAACCCUGCCCUCCCAUUUACACAACCAAACCAGCUCCAGCCUCCCAAACAGAAAGGGUUAACCACGACUGGCUGGAUGUGGCGGUAGGGAGGGAAAUGCAAGACUCAUUCGUGUGACUUGGAAUAUGCCCAAUGGUUCAAUCGGUGCAAUUUAAAGGUACAUGGAUCCUGUGCAUCCUUGGUGUAUUUUAUUUUAUACUGACUGUUGGUUAUUACAGUACUCCCUUUCGAAAGCUGUAAGAGUCAGAGGACAGCUUUCUCUCAUUAGUCAGGUGAUUUGUGAUCUAUGCUUCUAAGAAAGCCUUUUCCAGGUGGAAUGGAAAUAACUUCCAAAAGGAUGUGCACUCUGAGAACAUGUCAGGGGUUCAUCCUCCGCUUCACCCUCUCCGGCAUAAAUCAAGCCCCGAUAAGGUGGUGUGGACGAGGGUUUUUAGAAACACAGUGGUAAAGUGGUUCUGUUCUGUCAUUGUCUUUUUUGUCCUUGUGAGAAGACAGAUUAUUGAUGACACCAUUUAUUGAAUAUCAGUAAGCGUUGUACCUCAGUUUCCUGCUUUACCCCCAAGAAAUCCAACCUCAAACCCUCAGCUUCACUCAUGAAUUCAACCUUCUUUGGCUUGUCCUUUGUUUUUCCACAGGAUGAAUGGCAAAAUGAACUGUGCUAAGCUGUGUGAGUGAACACAGUAUUUUAGAGCUUCCUGUAACUGUUUCCCAGUCUCCUCUUGACUAUACGAGCAGGACCAGAUUAUAGUAGUCUAGAGAAAUUGCCUUUGUAAUUAUUAUUCUUAACAUUAAUUAUCUUCUAUAAUAAUAAAUAUAUUCACUGUUAUGUUAUUUGUCAUUGUUUCGGGUAUCAACCAGUACUCUCUCCCCAGGUAGUUAUGUUUCGAAUCAUACUGGAGGCUUGCUUCACACAAAACGUUUUAACGCUCGUGAACAUUGAGCCUUGACGAUCUGCAACCUCUGGCCUCUUCAAGGAUCAUCUAUGACUUUAUCAUGCUGAGAGGGAGGUUUGCCUGUUUGUCCCUGGUUGUGUGCUAUAUCCAUUUGGAACUAAAGGAGCCUUGUACAUUGAACUGUCGAGUUGUUUCAUCAACAAAAAUAAGUUAUAUACAUGGAUAAGUGGGACAUCUGCUGAAGAACUGAAAAAAAAAUAUAAGGACUUGUGUCAAAAGACAACUAGACAGUGGGUAUCCUGAGAGGGAAAAGACUGGGUCGAUUAUUUUAAUAUGACCAUUUUAUACCUUUCAAACCCCUCCCCUAGAGACCACAAAGAUUAAUUAUUAAAUGAAUUGUUGUUUA